GUCUCCUCGCUCGUGGGGCAGCCAGCCGGGAGCAGCGGGCAGCCAGGCAGCCGGCCCCUCCGCCCCGGCCAGGGGGACGCAGUCAGUAAACACCACCACAACAAAAAGUGAGAGCCACCCAAGGGGCAGCCAAAGCAGGAGGAGAGAAAGACGAGGAGGAAAAAAAAAAGGCAAAAAAAAAGGGGGAACAAGGAGAAAAAAUAACAAAAGAAAAAAAGGAAAAAGAAAAGGAAAAAAAAAAAGAAAAAAAAAGGAAAAAAUAGGAGAAGGAAGGAAAGCGCUCGCUUGCUCUCUAGAAUAACAAAAUACCUAAUCGUAACAAAAUAACAUCCUCCAGACAAAUUCAAGCAGGGACUUGACAUACCAAAAAGGCAAAGCGAGGAGAGCAAGCCAGGGCGCGGGGAAGGCGAGCCAAAGCCGCGAUCGCUGCCAGGGCCGGACAGCAGCAUGGCAAGCGCCGGGGCACACACGGAUGAGCGCUGCCGGCAGCCUGCCUUCCUCCCCGGCCCGCCGCCGCCAGAAGUUGAGAGUAGCAGCGGCAGCGCCAAGGUGCAGAGGAUGUGCGCGGCCCGGCGGCUGCUGCUGCUGCUGCUGGCCUUCCUGGCCUACGCGUUGGAUUCGGCCGCGGCGUACGGCACAGCGGAGACCCUCUGUGGCGGGGAGCUGGUGGACACGCUGCAGUUUGUCUGCGGGGACAGGGGCUUCUACUUCAGUAGGCCAGUGGGACGAAAUAACAGGAGGAUCAACCGCGGCAUUGUGGAGGAGUGCUGCUUUCGGAGCUGCGACCUGGCUCUGCUGGAAACCUACUGCGCCAAGUCCGUCAAGUCUGAGCGUGACCUCUCCGCCACCUCCCUCAUGGGCCUCCCGGCACUCAACAAGGAGAGCCUCCAGAAGCCCUCGCAUGCCAAGUACUCCAAGUACGACGUGUGGCAGAAGAAGAGCUCCCAGCGGCUGCAGCGGGAGGUGCCCGGCAUCCUACGUGCUCGCCGGUACCGGUGGCAGGCCGAGGGGCUGCAAGCAGCUGAGGAAGCCAGGGCGCUGCAUCGCCCCCUCAUCUCCUUGCCCAGCCAGCGGCCCCCAGCGCCGCGAGCAUCCCCCGAAGCCACCGGCCCCCAGGAAUGAACCAUGACUGGCCGGCUCCAUUUGUGAUCUCCCGGGGAGAGACUGGCGAGACCCGGCCCCCCCGAGCCCCUCCGUCCCCGAGCCGAGGAGCGGGGCGGUGGGGCGCCAUCACGCCGCUCCGGCCCCAACCAAACAACUGACACAAGCAAGGAGGGGAUGGCGGCGGCGGCGGCGCGCGGCGUCCUCCUUUCGGGGUGGGGGGGAGGGUUGUUUCGUUUCCCAGGCCUGUCUCGUUUCCCCCACGCACCCAGUAUUUUUCAAGCCUUGUACUUGCAAAGGGACAGUUGGGCACUUGAACUUUUUUUUGCUGCCGGGCGCUGCGUGACAUCCCCGGUGCCAACACCAGAAGACAAAAGAAAGAGCAAGAGGGAAAAAGGAUAUGAAGUUAACUUUUUUUUUUUUUUCUCGAGAAGAGGAGUCCAUUCCGUGUCUUUCUUGACAAUAAAGUGAAAAACAGAAACAAAUGGGGAGAAAUGUUGAGGGAUGUAACUUUUUUGCCUCAUUCCCACCCCACUUUUUUUUUUCCUUUUAUUUUGUUUUUGUUGGUAACUUUUCUUAAUUUUUAUAACUUUCUUUUGCACCUUUAAAAAGAAAACGUAACUGAGACGAAGUUCCGAGGAGACCCAUCUGCAUUUUUUGUGUGUGCUUAAUUACAAGAUUCCAAAUCGACUUGCACCUUUUUGAAAUCAUCGCUGACGGGAGAAAGAGAGGAAGAGGAGAGAGAGAGAGAGAGAGAGAAAGAGAGAGAGAAGAAAAAGGAAAGGGGAGAA